AUUUUAGUUGCAUUCAUCAGGCGCCGGCCCGCCGGUGCAGGCUUCGAAACUCUACGACUCCACGUGGACCUCCGAACUAACCAAUCACAAGAAUUCACACCCCACGAAGCCCAAUUUCGAAAAUUUCAGGCUUUUCAGUUUCCACAAAUCCAAGGGUCAAGAAUAAAUCUUAGAACCAAAUAUGACAAAAAUUAAAAGGCCAGAACUCCUCCCCUUUUCUCCUUCGCAUCGUCCAAUACAAGUACAAAUACACCACGGAUUCAUAAAACCCUCUAACUUCCAAAACCCUAACAAAUUUCUUUUUCUUUCCCUAAUGGCUCGGAAACAACGUCCAUCUCAUCUGGAUGAUCAUCGAGCUGUUUCAUCUUCUGCUGAAGAAGAAGAAGAACAAACUUUAUCCGAUGAUGAUGAAGAAGGAGAACAGGAAGAAGAAGAAGAAGGAGGAGAACAAAGUUCAUCUGAAGAACAAGAUGAAGCAGCUAAAAUUGAAUCUUUACCAUCCGCUCCACCAGUGAAACCCCAUUCUUCAUCAUCCGGGUCGGAAACCAAACCCAUGGAACCCGAAUCGACGAGGUUCACGAGAUCCUCCACCAUGAAGAAGAAGCGUCCAAACAGUGAAAUGGAAACGACGCCGUCGAAGCGGGUCAAGAAGAAAGACCCAAAAUCCGAAGGCGGUGGCGGUGGGGAAGAGAAGAAGCUUUUCCAGAGGCUGUGGAGCGACGACAAUGAAAUAGAAUUACUGAAAGGGAUGUUGGAUUACAGAGCUAUACACGACUCGGAUCCCGCCGCAGAUGCCGCCGCGUUUUACGAGUUCGUUAAGAAGAGUCUCCACGUGGAAGUUACCAAGGCCCAACUGGUGGAUAAGAUGAAAAGGUUAAGGAAGAAGUACCGCAAUAAUGCUGGGCGGGGAAAGAAAGGUAAAGACCCGACCUUUUCGAAACCCCACGAACGAAAGACAUAUCAACUGUCCAAGAAAAUCUGGGGCUGCACUGCCACUGCCACUGCCACUGCCGCUGAUGAUGGGGUUUCGGGGAGAUGUUUGAAUGAGAUGUUAUUCUUUAAUAAGAAUGUGGUGUUGGAAGAGAGUUUGAUAAAGAAAGGACUUGAAUUGAUUGGUCAACAGAAGAGGCUGGAAUUGGAGGAGAGGUGGAAGAGGGUGGAGUUGGCUGCGUUGCAAACGUAUGUCGCUCGGACUGAGUUGCUUAGGGACCAGGCCAGCUUGAUUCUUGAGGCAUACAAGGGCCAUUGAGAGGUUGGAUAAACCAUUGUCUAUACUUAUUAAUGCUAAAGCAUAUUGCAAGGCUAUUGGGCAACAUUUUGGACAGUAUUUUGGAUAGAAUUUUGGACUGGUAUUUUUGGACAGCAUAGAUGACUUGGACAAUUUUCCAAGUUAACAAUUUAGACAAUUGGUUGCCCAGCUUUGUAGCAACUCUUUUGGAAAUCUUUUGGAACUAAUGAAGUUACUCAAGCAUGAUAAAUUCUCAGUGUAUGUUUAUAAUACCUCUGUUUAAACACUAAGCAUAUAUGCAAACGAAGAUUAAUUUUUAUGCAA